AUGAGCUACUUCCAAGCCACUACUUGCAAGCCUCACAGUAGGAUCAUUGUGAACAAACCUAUAGCAGGUCUUGGGAGCACAUAUCAGUAUCCAUUAUAUUCACAUGCUCUUGGAUUCCACAAGCUGCAACAGAAGGUGUACCCAAGGCUAGUUCUCAUUGCUGCUAGCCACAAAAGGCUUACUCCUGUAUGUGCCUUAAGUGGAAAGGGAAACCCUGGCACUGCUGAUGAUCCUUUGAUGGAAUCUUUGAAGAAAGCUAUGGCUGAUGCAAAAAAGCCCCGGCCCAUACAAGACUUGCUGAAGGAGCAGGUGGCUAAACUGAGAGAACAAGCGUCUGGUGGAGGCGGAGGGAAUGGGAAUCGCCGUGGGGGCAGUGGUGGUUCUGGUGGCCCAGAUGAUGAAUCGUUCAAGGAAACAUUGGAUGAAGUAGUCCAAGUUAUCUUGGCCACUGUUGCUUUCAUACUUGUGUACAUCCACAUAAUCAGAGGGGAGGAACUUUACCGUCUUGCCAGGGACUACACCAGAUAUCUCGUCACUGGUAAGAGGACUGCCCGACUGAAGCGUGCCAUGCAAAAGUGGCACAACUUCUCCGAGAGCUUCAUGCAGAAGGAAGGCUCAGAAGAGGACCAAUAUGAGAGAUCAGCUGUGUCAAAACCUACAUGGUGGCAACAGCCUCAGAAAUUUGUGCAUCUUAUGCAGGAGCUUUGCAGGGGAAACUGGCGUCCCCAUGCUCAGGAGUCUAGUUGA